AUGGAUAACUGCCUUCAUCUACAACUUUACCGUGAUUCCAAAGAUCGUUACAAGCAAGGCCAAACGAAAGCUUCACUGUCCCUGGAACACUUCCUGGGUCUUGAAAGUGGAUUCACUUUGGACAAGGAGUCCCAUACUGUAGCCAUAGUGUGCCAAGAUGUAGUGGUGGUUUUGGCAUUCGACAAUCGGGAGCGGCUUAUGCAGUGGCAAAUCAAACUGAGCUCACAUUUAAAUGACGGACCGCAUUUCUUGGUUCUAGUCUCCAGUUCGCCGUUGAAAACUAAACUUCCACCAGGCCCAGCUAGACUGCACGUUCAAGAACGGAGUUUUUGUCUUACAACGGGGGUACCACCGCGAGUCGCCGGCCAAUGGCAAAUCGCCGACCUCAGGAGGUACGGCGUGGUCGACGGCAGGUUCUGCUUCGAAGGUGGUUCCCGGUGCCUCAAAGGGGAAGGAUUGUAUAUACUUAUAGCCGAUCAAGGAGAUGAAAUUAUGGCCGCCUUGCAGGCCGCUUCUACCGGAAAUUUACAUAACAGCAGGAAAAGACCGGUAUCGCGAAAUAUGUCCGUAAUGGACAGUCCAGCGCGCAGGUCGCAAUUAAGAGCUGGAGGUGGGAUAGCGCAAGAGCUUAGGGAGAGUGAAACUUCCCUGACAUCCAGAGCGGACUCCCCGUAUACGGACUUAGAAAGCAAUUAUGGCUGUGGUGAUAGUAUCAAUAGUAUGUCAAAUGAUGGUUGGAAUCAGCCCUCAAUCGAGCGUUGUAUGAGUUGUAUUAGUAAACUAGGAGCAAUGUCUAGAUCAUCAACAGCAACGGUCACAGUAGGACCCUCAAUGGGAACACAGCCAUGCUGGGAGCAUACUUGCGACAGGCAUUCAAUAAGUAGCUCUAGCGAUAGCUCCGGUUGGAGCCAGGCCGUCACCAGACCGCCCCAAAGACCUCCCAAACCUGGAUCGAGCUCUCCGUCACCUAAAAAGCCCGCGAUGCCUCCACCCUCCUAUAACAACUAUGAUGUUCCUAAGCUUCCUUAUCCAGUGGAACCAAAUCAUAAUGAUCACUACGAUACACCACGUAAACUAAAGGAGUGCAUUGGCUUUGAGACGGUUCAGAAACCAUGCGGAUGUAUUUUGAGAAUAAGGCAGCCCGAACCAGAAAGACCAUGCGUGUGUCAAAGACUUAUGAGCUGUUGGAGUGCUCCCGAAGAUUCCGUGCAUGCUGUAUACGCCACUGUAGAUUAUAGUAAAAAGACUUAUAGAUGUCAUCCAAAUCCAGGCACAACGAACUACGCAAACUUAACUCCCGUGGUCGCCACUAACGGAUCGACUAAUGCCAAGAAUAAUCAAACAACGACUAUGCAGCCUUCUAGCAACUACGAAAACAUGGAAUUUGCUCAAACCCUUCAGCUGUAUGAAAAUGGAAAGGAAAUUUCUGAAAAAGCGCGAGCUCUUUGUGCCAAAUGCGGACACGUACCCGGAGACUAUCUACUAAUGGAGCCAAGUAAAUCGAUGACUAAUCAGACACAUCCUGGAUACAUCCCAAUGUCUCCAGCGGUAAAACAACGUCUCAGCAAAGCGUUGUCAAAUAGCAACCCCAACCUCGGUCCAGCCCUGGACCGAUCGAGCAAACCCGCCUCUGGAUCGGCCAUGUUGCACGCCGGCGACGUCUACCAGCGUAAGCAGAUCCUGGAUAAUGCGGACGACAUUGAUAGCGCAAGAAGAAAACGAUCGAACAGCGCCGACUCUAGCACAAGCAGAGCUGAGCCGGAGCCGGACGUGGACGUAACGUCGCCUUGCAAAUGUGUCGCGCAGAUGUCACAAGCUGCGCAAUUAGUUCGCCGCUCAUCGAGCGUGCCCUGCAAAUCAAACCGAGAUUCAUCAAGUUCCAACGAUUCCGGCGUCUUUGAGCUGCCACGCCGCGCUCAAAUAUCCGCUAACGUCACUCUGCCGAGAAGAUCCAAGAGCUCAGACCCUCUGAGAGACCUCAGCUUCCAAUUUAAUAAAGCAGCCACCGAAGGCAAGAGUGCCAGCGCCGAAGCCGAAGUUCCUCUUUGUCCGAAUGGUAGCACCAGCAGCGGCACCUCCGAUAUGUCCGACUACUUUGAAACUUUAUCACUCUCCUCGCACAGUUCCAGUGUGGAGCCGCCACCGCCGUCUUGCACCUUGAGACCUCGUUCGGGCAACGAGUAUCUGAGCUUGCAACGGCUUAUCGCUCCUGUUCCUGAGGAGCAUCACUAAAAAGAGAGACUCUAGAGUUAAGAAAUUAUGAAGCCUUAUAUGUGUGAUUUCAAAAGUAGCUUAAACUGUCUUGGGCAGGUAUCGUGUUGGAACAAUUGUAAAUAUUAGAACUUACUUAAUUUUUUGAUUCUUAAAGGUACGAGCAUGGUUAAAUUAUUUCAGUUGGUGUAUUUUUUAAGCUGUCAAAAAGAAAAAUAAUUGAAUUUCGCACUUUUACCCUAUUAUCACCCUAUUUAUUAUCUCAAUAACUUACCAUAUAAUAUUGGGGCACUUGUAUCUUGUGUACUCCGUACUUCGGUAGAUGCGUCGUUAAUUGAUGAAGCAAGUGAUAGUCACAGGACUGUAUGGAAAUUGGUCUAGUUUUUCCUUGAGCUUGAAUGAGUUUUAACGUGGAGCAAAAUAGUACCCUUAUUCAGCCAGCUUUUGUUGAAGUAUACUCGCAACUAGAUCGUGUAUCUCUUUAUAAUCAGUUAGCUCAUUAAAUGCUGUAUGAACUCCGAUGUUUCUUAUCCGUACCUACAUGUGUCAGACUGUAUUGCUUGGUCACUUACAACUAAUUUCAUAUAGAUCCUCGUUGUAAUGAUUUGAUCUUGUAUAGCUAUUAAAAAUACUUCAGUUCGACGCUGUGGUGUCGACGUAUGGGAGAACGGGGCACUUUUAAACAUAUUUACUAAAAUUCAAGUUCUGAAAAAAUUCAAAUUCCAAUAUAAAAGUGAGGAACAGCUUUUCCAGAUGUAGAAUAUGUUUACUUUAAGCUCGGACUGAAAAAACUAUUGAAAUUUUAGUGUGUUUUGUUUGACACGUAAAUAAACAAUAAAUGUUAUACUGUUCAAAUAUACCCCAGCUGUGGGGUAUAUUUAAAUAGGCAAAGGGGCACAAAUAAAUAGUACAUAUAUAUUGGAAGUUUUAUUGAUUUUUAUUACAAAAAAUCUAUCGUAAAUUAAAUUUAUUAAAUUGCAGCUUAAACUCCAGUAAUGAAGAUGUCCUCUCAGUACCUUUUUGAAGGUGUGCUUAUAUCUUCGACUGCGGGAUAAUAAAAUUUCCGUCCUUUUUUCCUUAAAAAUUUAAUGAUAUAUUCUUUUUGCUUGAUAAUUUUUCCUACGUAGUGAACCAAUGUUUUCUUAGUGCAAAAUCGGACUACAACAUAAUCGUCAAUUUGUACAUCCGACAACAAAUUUGGCGAAUCUUCAUUUUCAUCAGAUGACCUUGACAGCUCGAACUCAUUUUCAGAAUCAUCUUAUAGGGAUAUGGCAUCAUUACAUGAUGAGUCACUAUCUGCCAAUAUUGCUCUCUUCACUCUUGGCUUCUUGGCUACCAUUUGUACUCUUUUCUUAGCUUCCCGAGCAACUGCUUCGGCUUCAAUGGCAUCUUUAAUCGGUGUAUCUGUAAGAAACAGAGACUUUUUUGUUUUGCGACUUUGGCGACGCUUUUUGGAAGUCGAACAAAUAUCGGGAAAUGGUCUGACCACCUCAGGAGAUAUUACUUCAGGUUCAAUUAAUAAGGUCGUGGAAGCUGAUGCUACAGAAGUGAUCGGAGCUGCAGAUGCAGUAGACGGUAGAGAGUCAUUUUGUUCCUUUGUUAUUUCAGCAACAUCAUUAGUAGAUGCUUUUCCUGCUGCAACAAAGUCACUAUCUGAAAAAAUAUUUCUAUUUAACGGCCAGACCCCUGUUUUUUGGAGUGAAUGAUGCUUGAAUAGCUAUAUUUGCCAGCCCAGCCAGGUCAUGGAUUGUUAUGGCUUUUCCGGGAUUCGAAACUAAAUAAUCAAGUUGCGCUAUUUUUAAUUUAGCCUUAAAAGGAGCUAUUAUUGAAACGUCCAGUGGCUGAAGGCGAUGACUACAAUGAGGCGGUAUAGUGACCACCUCCAAGCCAUUUUUUUUUGCAAAUUUAAUGGCAUUUAGCGAGCAGUGGUAUUCGUUAUUGUCCAUUAUUAUUAAAUUUUUUUAAUUUUGGGUACAUUUUGUAAAAGAUUUUAAAUGUUAAAUAACGUUUUUGUCAUCCAACCGCUAGGAGGAUUGUUUAUUAGUCCUAUGCUUCCAGCUGGAGCACCUGUGAGGAAAUUGUCGUGAUAUCUAGCUCGUGGGAAUAUAAAAACUGGUGGUAAACUAUUUCCAUCUGCACUCACGAUGGCACACAUAGUUACAAGAGUGCCCCUUUCCACGGAAGACACUUGGCCCACUUGCUUAGUUCCCUUUUCAGCAAUAAUGUUUGGCGCAUCUACAACAGUGGUUAUACCCGUUACAUCCAAGUUAAAAAUUUUAUGUAAGGAAAAUUGUAUUUUUCGUAACAGCGCACAAGAUUAUCUUGAAACUCUGUUAAUGCAGUUUGGUUAAAUGCCGUAACACGUGACAUACUCGUGUUUUCAGGCCUUCGGAGACUAAGAUUUUUAUGGCGUUUCAUAAACCCUUGAACCUAAUCUAACCCUCCCAUUUUGUUAGUAUGCCAACUAGGUGGAUAUUUUAUAGACAUAGCUUUUGCCAAUACCCUCAGAUUUUUAUACGAUAAGCCAUAUUGUAGUUUGGAACACGUUAAAAUAUAUUUUACCAACAUAAGUUCUUGAUCAUUAUUAAACACUUGUCUGAAUGUAUGCUUAGAGGAAAACACCUGCUUCCCAACAAGCGGUAAAACAAAGCAGUAUGUUUUACGCCGUAAACUUCUGCAGCUUUUCUUAAAGACAUUUCUUUUUCUUUUAUAGCCGCUAUCGCCUUCUCCAUGUCUUCCUCAGUAAACCCAGUUUCUUUCUUCCUCUGAUAUUGUCUUACCAUCGUGAUUUGCAAAUCUGGAAAAACAAUACUACUUAGAAAUAUUUUUUACUACUAAUGGGGUACCUUUGAACAAUGUUCAACAGUGCUCCAUUUUAAAGUUCAAAGACACUCCUUGUGCUUACACUCGAAUUCAACCACGUUUGCUAAAACUAUCCUAACCUCAAAAGUCACAUAUUUUCACCAAACGAUCUACAUACCUAGUCUAGUUGACGACAUCCUGGAGAUAAAAUGUCCUUUUUAUAGUUUAGUGUUGAGCCUAAUUUGUUUAAGUAGGAAAUAUUACAAGAAAAAAGUUGAAAAACAAAGUUUAUUCGUAUUUGCGAUACAACAAGUCGUGGAAGCCGCUGCACAAUACAGUUGCCUUCUUGCACCAGUUACUUCAACCACGUGCCAUUUUUAAACGAUUAUCGCGCCAGAGGCGGGAAAUUUGAAUGAAGUUCAAAUGUGCCCAACGUUCAAACGUGCCCCCUUCUCUCCUACUGCUGUCAAAUUUCGUUGAUGUGUCUCCCAUUUAAUGAUUUUCUUGCUCGGUACUGUAAUUGGUUUGACCCUGGAGCUUCCGAAGCUUAAGUUUAAUUGACUUACAACAAAAUAAGGUAGAAAUUUGAUAAUCUAGCUGUUUACCUAUAUAUGCAGAUCCUCUUUCCUCAAAUGCCUUUUCUUUAACAAUUCACAUAGGCAAAUUCUUCCUCCUUGCUGAUCUAAGCUAUUUAAAAAUUUUGUUGUUUACAUUUCAUAUUUCGGAUUUUCCAACUAAAUAAGGUUUGUUCUACCUCUAACUAUGUGUAGUCUCUAAGCAUGCGUAAGUCCGCUUUUGUUCAAUGUCAACAUGUAACUCUUGGAUAAUGAAAAAGAGUAAAGGAUACUAGAUCCCCACAUUCUCACUACGCAAUUUAUCAUAAAGUUUAGAGAGAGAAGUUCUAAUUAAUCCCUCUGGUCAGGCAUAAAGGAACGCGCCCACUAGAUCAGCUUAGAUCUGCAUAGCACAUUCCUCCUCUUCGGCAGUUUUUGUCAUGCGUGUAAGUAAUAAAAUGAAGUGCCCCUUACUGAACUUUCGGAAACUCUCAGCCCAGUGUACCACGCUCCGUUCCGCACCCGCUUGUAUUGUAUUUAGGGCAAAACCUGCCGACCAUGCUGGGUGUCUUCGAGCAUCAAAAUCAAAAAACACUUUUUUGAGUAUUUUUUUUCAAAUUCCCUAAUUAUUCCACUUAAUUUUUGACCGUGUCCGAUGAGCUAUUACUUGAAAACAGCCGAGUAUAAAAUUCGCCACAGGUUUUUAGAUUAACACGUUAAACGCCACAGCGGUCCGUAGGGACCGCUGGAGAAAAAGUGUACCGGGCCACAGCGGUCCCUGCGGACCGCUGCGUGUCGAACGUACAUUUGAUGCUGUACAGGCCAGCGGUCACUAAUAGAUACCGUUUUAACGCUACAAAUGGACCGCUGUGGCCCAGUAGGAACUUCUAUCACUGGCAACUUCUUGAUGAAUAUAUUAAAUAAUACUCAUAUUUUCAAUAACUGAUAUUAAUUUAUUUUUGCUCUGCAAAAAAUUUUAUAAAUAAUACUGAAGUCAUAAAAAUGAACGAAAAUGCUAAUUUAUGUUAGAAAACAUCAAAAUAAUUGCUUAAACAUUUUUGCAAGCUCUAUUUGUGAAAUUCCGCAAAACAUUCAAAACAAAAAUGGGGAUUACCCUCACAAACGUCACAGUAUGUAGUAACUUUCUUUACAUUGUUUUUAUCUAAAAUGCCGUUCAGUUUUUUCUCAUAGCAGCCCUUAUAAUAACGCCUAACUUUGUGGGCAUUUCCUUCUUUUUUUUCAGCACAUGCAUUUCGUGUCGUUUCUGAGAUCCUGACGUAUAGGCUUCUCCACAUUCCCAGCGCGACUUUGUAUGACUACUGUUUCGUGCGUAUGUUUGGUAGAAAGCAUUAGCAUAUCUCUCGUGUCCUUCCACUUUAAAACACAUAUACCGCGACUAUUUUCCUUUGCAAUUAUUUCUCUAGGUUUCAGUUUUUUAGUGACAACUUCUUUUGGAUUACCCCUUCGAUUGGCUCUCAGAGUCCCCAAUAAAUGUUUUUUGAUCCAAAAGUUUAUUGGCCAAUUCUAAACUCGUAUAAUAGUUAUCGGUAACCACUGUGCGACCAGAAUUUAAAAGCUUCUGAGACAGUUCCAUAACAAUAUUUAGUCUUUUGAGGUAUAUACUACCUCAUAAUAAGUCUACCGCGAAAUGGAACUCAGCUUUCAUUGAUGCAAAACUCUUGACGGGGAGUGUAGGCUUCUUGAAACUUUUUCAUAAAUGUAUUCAUUAGUGGCUCAAUCUUGUAUCCACGAGCACCGUGCAACACGUGAUUCGUUAAUGCCGCCUCAAAAAAAACGUAAACAGGGCCGCCAACGGGACCGCUGUGGCCUGUGCGGCAAAGUUAUCCUACAGCGCCACGGCGCCAAAAAAAUGCUACAAAAAAUUUUAAAAAAAAACCAAAAACGCGUAUUUAUUGACAAUGUAUUUCAUUUUUUAGCAUUUUUAAAUCAAAAGAACUCAAUUUUUCGCUUUGGCGUAGCAGACAUUUUUUAGCCAAUUUCUAUGGCGUUCAACGUGUUAAGGUUAAUGUUGUGAAUUCAAAAUCAUCUUUUGGAUCAACCGAUUUAUAAUUCCUCCCAUUAUAAUAAUUUUUUCAUAUUUAAAUUGAGAAGGUUUAGGAGAAUUUUAGUGUUGGUCUCUGGCCAUUCAUAAGCCGCUUUUAGCAAUCGGCUACUAAAAAGUGAAUGAUGUGGAAAGUAAUCAGUCCCAUUUAAAAAUCUAUACUUAAAACGUUACGGUAAAAUAUUACUGAUCUAAAACAUUCCAGAUUCCAUUUUUUUCAGAGGAAACCACGUUAAUGUUCUAAAAUAUUUGUGCGUGGCCAGAGGCUACAAAUUACCACACAACUAUUAAUUUAGUAAAUUUUUUGUAUUUAAAUUAAAAUAGUAUCUUCUCCAGCUCAGCUUUCUACCGCAAAUUGAUCACUACUUCGCUAGUGAGUUGUGUUUCGUUAGUUAGUGAUGUUAAAAUAACGGAUUUCAUUUAUCUGCUACCACAAUUUGGACUUUUUCGUUCUCUUACUAUUUUCAUCAGUAGUAGUAGUUGUAAUGAUGGGGGAAGAAUAUGUGAUGGGUCCUUUUCCGCCAACUCUUGAAACUCUGUCAUUACCACUGGCCACCUUCUCUAGUUUCCCCAACCAUACGACUGGUCUUCCUAAUGAAGGAGAGCAGGCCUUCCCAGUUAAGGUCCCUUAGUUCCUCUUGUAGCAAUAAGACGGAUGGUUUCUCUCCUAAAUCUAGCCCAUCCUACGCAUUCUCCUAUAAAAUGUUAUACUGCUGACACUAUAACAUUUUAUAGAAGAAUGCAUAGCUGCAUUUUUAACAUUGUCUGAUAGAUGGCAACAGACAGUUAGAAGAUGAUAUGACCGAGAUGACACAAUAUCAGCUAUUACGAUAUGUCACCGUUGACGCACGCGCAAAUCACAGCACUGUCUCACGAUUUCCGAUAUUCCCCUACUAAAAAUGAAUGAUCUGCGCGUAUGUAAUAUCUGCCAAAGACUCUAAACUAAAACAUAAUUCUCCACUCUACUUUACUUAAGUUAUUUUAAGGAAUUCUUGAUGAUCUGGUAUCUUCGGCCCACGGACUACCGUACAUUUAUAUAGGAAUAUCCCAUUUAAAAACCCAAUUUUUAAAGUGCUAUGUUUAAAUAUUUUUCUGUAUUCGCCAUGUUAAACGGCAGACAAAAAUGCAUCAACUUGACCAAUUAACCAUCGCUUGUGGCGCGCCCUCACGGCGAUAGCACGCAACAUCUUCAGUCAGUCGUAUUGUUAGUUAUGACACUCUUUUGCUAUUUAGUUUUUUCAGUAAAAGACGUGUGACAAUCAAAAACCACUUCCAAGUCGUAAAACGCGAUUGGUUUCGACGAAAGUCUAUUAAAAAUGUUAAUGAAGCUAUAGUGUCUGAUCGAAAAAUUUAGAUCGCAGCAUAAGUCGGUUUCGAAAAAGAUAAAAUGGCUCUAGCUUCUAAAGCUCUAUGAGUAAAUGUAGUGAAUGAUUUUUAAUUGUGACACAACCCUUGGUUAAGACUUUUCAACACGUUUUCGAAGUUUUAAAUUAUUAAAUAGCAGCAAUUUAUUAUUGGUCAAAGAUAGCAUAACUGUCUGAAAACGUUGCAUAGCAAUGCCGUGAAAAUGCGCGGGUUUACCAAAAUGCUUCAAGAGCAUAUGCUAAGACACAAAAGUCAUAUUAAAAAUAAUUUCUCUGACUUAUACUAAAUGAAUGUUUUUCAUAUAAGGUUUCAUAAUUCUUUAAAGUUUAAAGAAAACUACUUUACUAGUCAGCUUCAAAAAAAAAGAAGGUUCAUAGCGAGCAAUAAUGGAGUUCUUACAUUUUGUAUGUUUUGGUUUUUGUGUAGGUACGGUCUAAAUGUAGGUUACUCGUCUAGUUUACUGUACUUUACAACAACAAAAAAAAAUUAAAUUGAAUGUAUGAUGGAAAUAAUUGUGGUUUCGAUUAUUUAUCUGCACUUACUAGGACGCUGUCGAUAGACUAUCCCGUAAUCUAACUUUGUUACAGUUACGUCCUUAACCUUACCAUAUGUUUAUUGUAACGAUUUAUUUACGUUAAACAAAUUAAGGAAUUUUAUACUGUAGAAUAGAUUUAUAUAUACCUAGUCCAGUUUUAAAUAUGUAUAAACAUCAAAUUAUAUUUUAUUAAACAUUUUAAAUGUUUUAUUUUUAUUUUCUGUUAAUUCACUUUUAUGUUUAGCCGACACCUUACUUAGUGCCGGAAGUAAUAGGUUCGUUAAGCGAGUAAAGGUCCUAUAAGAUACAGGUGUAUACAUAAACUACUUAUUUAAAAUUAUUAUUCUUAUUAUUGGGUACGAAUGUAUAAUCUUAAAUUAAUAAUUUUUCCUGUAUAAAUAUGAUGUAUUUACUUAACUAUUAAUAAAAUAAAUUAUUCAGAACA